AUGCCUAUUGAUAUGAAGUAUUUCUUUACUAUAAUUAUUUAUACAAAUAUUCUUGCGCUUUCUUAUACACAGAAAGUUGUUAACAAAAGAGAGGCGAUUGUUAUUAGUUUAAGAGAAAAUCAAGAAAAUAAGAAUUUAAAUAAAAUUUGGAUUCCAGGAAAAGUUGGUCCAGGAUAUGGGUCACCUUCACUUAUUCUAAGUAGAGAUGAUGAAACUGAAAGUAUAUAUAAUAGUAUAAAUUUGAAAAAUGUAAUAAAUAAAAAAGAAACUGAAAAAUUGAAAAAUAAAAAUCAAUUAAUUGAUAGUAAUUUUCCGUUGCCUUCAUAUACUAUUGAUAAAGAACUAUAUAAAAGUAGUAAUGAAGAUAAUAAAAAUGAUUUUCCAAUGCCUUCUUAUACUAUUAAUAAAAAUAGUAGUGAAGAUAACAAAAAUGAUUUUCCAAUACCUUCUUAUACUAUUGAUAAAAAUUCAUACAAAAGUAAUAUUGAAGAUGACAAAAAUGAUUUUCCAAUGCCUUCAUUAAAUAUAAGUAAUAAAUUAAACAAAAGUAAUAGUAAGAAUGACGAUGAUUUUUCAUCAUAUGUAGCUAAAGUUGUUUCACCAGUCAAAACAACAAAGAAACCAAAAAACAAGAAUUCAAAAAAGCAAAAAACAACAACUACGAUGAAUCCUAAUACCGUUUUUCCAGUUAAAGCAAUGACAUAUGAUCCGGAAAUAAAUGAAGCAAUAUAUCCACCUAGAAUUGAUGAUAAAAUUAUAGAUAAAACAUAUUAUCAAGUACCAGAUAAUCGUACUUUAAUUAAAAAACCAAACUAUAAAGAAGAAACUACAAUUUAUCAAACAAAUAAAAAUAUGAAUAAAAAUACAUCAUCUAAAAAAGUACCACUCAAUAGUAGUAAUAAGGUAAGUAACUAUGAUUAUGAAAAUUCUGAAAAAGAAUAUAUUGUAAAAGAGGAUGAAUCACCUACUGAAAAUUUAUCAGAAAAAAACGGUAUAAAUCAAUUAAAUUUAAGAGAAAAUACAAAAUCUGUAUCAAUAAAAAAUAAUGAAAAUAAUUUGGAUGUUGUAAAUAAAAUGAAUCAACGCAAAAAUAAUACUUUAAUAGAAAUUUCACCAUCAGAAAAUAUAAAUGAAUCUGAUGAAUAUCAAGAGCCUGUUUUAAAUAAUGAAACAAAUUAUAUACCAAGCUUAAAUAAUUUGUAUGAUAAAAAUGUUAGUGGAAAAAAAGUUGAAAAAAAAUCUAGGAGAAAUAAAAAAUUACCAUUAUCCAAAUAUGAAGAUGUUAAGGAAAUCAAGUAUGAAUCAACUUUUGAAGAUAAAACAGAAAAUGUUCCAUCUGAAUUCAAUGAUUACUCUCAAAAUAUAAAUACUAAAGAAAUUGGAAAACAACCUAAAGCAACUGAAAAAACACCAUCAUCCAAAUAUGAAGUCAGUCAAGAGAAAAAUUAUGAAUCUACUUCUGAAGACAAAUCAAAUAAAACACCUGAAUUCAAUGAAUAUAAUCAAAAUAUUGAUAUUAAACAAAUUGGAAAACAAUCUAAGACAACUAAAAAAAUACCAUCAUCUAAAUAUGAAGUUAAUCAGGAGACAAACUAUGAAUCAACUUCUGAGGACAAAACAAGUAAAACAUCUGAAUUUAAUGAGUAUAAUCAAAAUACUAGUAGUAAACCAAUUGGAAAACAGUCUAAGGUAACUGAAAAAAUACCAUCAUCUAAAUAUGAAGUUAGUCAGGUGACAAAUUAUGAAUCAACUUCUGAGGACGAAACAAGUAAAACACCUGAAUUCAAUGAAUAUAAUCAAAUUACUGAUAAUAAAAAAAUUGGAAAACAGUCUAAGGUAACUGGAAAAAUACCAUCAUCUAAAUAUGAAGUCAGUCAGAAGACAAAUUAUGAAUCUACUUCUGAAGAUAAAUCAAAUAAAACACCUGAAUUCAAUGAAUAUAAUCAAAACACUGAUAUUAAAAAAAUUGAAAAACAAUCUAAGACAACUAAAAAAAUACCAUCAUCUAAGUAUGAUGUUGAAAAAGAGAUUAAUUAUGAAACUAUUUCGGAAAGUAAAACAAAUUUUCUAUUGACAACAGAAAAGGCAUACAUUCCAGUUGUAAAAAGUAAAAAAGUACCAGGUCAAUUGUAUAAUAAAAUGCAAAAAGUACAACCAUCAAAUAAACAAUCAGAAUAUGAUAAAUAUGACGACAAUGACUACAAUACUCAAGGAAGUAUUAUUUUACAAACCACAACAAAAUCUUAUGAAGAUAAAAAAGAAGCAUACGGUGAAGAAGAAAAAUUAAUUCCAAAAGAAAAACCAGAAGAAGAAACUUACGAAAGUAGGAUAUAUAAUUUAAUAUCUGAAAAUGAUUACAAAAUAGUUGAUAGUAACCAAGAUUCUAAUGACAAGGAUGACUAUUAUUCAGAAAUUGAUUUAUAUAAAAUAAAGGAUCAAUCAUCAACAGUUUCAUAUGGUAUAGGGGAUAAGUUUAAUAAAGAUGGAUAUACUACUUCUGAAGAAAAGUUAAGUACGUCUAGAGAAGAAGAGGCUUACAGUACGACUAUAAAAUUACCUGAGUUGAUUACACCUUUUCAUAGAAUUGAUAGAUUAUCAACAACACCAAGACCCACAAUAAGACCAGUUCUUAUUGAAGUAAAAGAUAAACCAACAAAAGCACCAUUUAUUAUAGAUGAAUCUUCUUUAAUUGAACCAACUACAAUUAAAUGGAAUAAAGAUCAGAAAGAAAAAAGUAAAAGUCUUCAAAUAACUAUAACAUCUAUCAUAAAUACAAAUGGUACAUUUCUUCCAAUAUCAAAAGAAGGUGAAGAAUUUACAAAUCAAAAUAUAGAUGGUCAAUUUGAAUUUAAACAAGAAAAUUGCUAUUCAACAACCAGAAGUCUAUUGUGUUGUAACAGAAAACUUGAUGAAUUAAUUGAAGAUGUUUUUAAAAAAAUUUUUAAAUCUAAAGUUCAUCCAUGCAAUUUUAGAGUUAUGGCAAGAAUGUUAAGUAAAAGAUUAGAAGGAGAUUUUGAAACUCCUUUUGAAAUUAUUGUUGGACCUUCUAACUUUGCCUCUAAAUCAAACUUUAGAAAUGAUCUUUUUUGUAAAAAGAUUAUUAAUGAUAUAUAUGUUUUGGCUUAUGGUACCCCUGCCGAUUAUCCAAUUUUACAUAUCUAA